AUAAAACCUCGCCCUUUCCCUGGCCUCCAUCAUGUAGCAUCUGAUUAAUAGUCACAUCUUUACCGCCGACUUCGACGCUUUCUGUCUCACAUCUAUAGUGAUACAAUUUAUUUCUCAACACUUUGGGCGCAAAAUGCUCAACCCUCACACUGCUGUUGCCGUUGCGCAGAUCAUCUUUUAUGUCCCGAUUCUACCUCUUUCAGUAUUCAUUCUCAUCAGAAAUUGGAAAAACAGACCUCGACUAGCAUGGUAUCCUCUGGUCACCUUCUCUCUCGUCCGGCUUGUUGGUGGAAUUAUUACUAUUGUCCUCGAGUCUAACCGUAGCAAUAUUGGCUUAAUAAUUGCCACCACUGUUCUUCUCAAUGUUGGAAUCAUUCCUCUCCUGCUCUCCCUUAUCGGCAUCGUUCGCAUCGUUUUGAAGUCAAGCAUGGAUGAUAAUCAGCGCGCAAAAAGAUGUCUCAAAGCUAUUCGAAUCGCGUUUAUAGCCGCAAUCGUCCUCAUUAUUCUCAGCGGCGGCCUGAGUGGAACUAGCUCGAAUGCCGCAACCUCAAGGCGUCUAGCUCAAGCUGGCUACAUUGUUCUUACUGCCGUUCUCGCUUUCACUACUUUGGAAUUGCUUUAUCUUUCGACUCAAAAACAUCGCAUCUCUCCAAAUGGAUUCAUUUAUGUGGAAUUUGGACUGCUCAGUGUCUUGGCGCUGGGUCUUCGAACUGCUUACGGACUUCUUUACGAGUUUUCUAUACAGAAUCCCUCUACCAUUUGGAACCCACUAUAUGGAUCACCUGUUGCAUUCGCUUUAAUGUGCUUGGUAGCGGAAUAUCUUGCACUUCUUAUAUUUACUUACCUUGGGAUCCAUUACAUGAACCACAACGUUCAAUGUAUGUCAAAGAUUGGCACUGGCUCGGAGCUGGCAUAGGCAUGCUAUGCCUUCGAGCAUGUUGUGGACGCCAAAAGCGUGCGCCAGUUAUAUGUCGAACCUCCUUACUCAAAGUAGCUUCUAUCUCUCCUAGCCUCUAGCUUGCCGCAACUGUGGCCAUUGGAUCUAGUCAUGGGAACGGAGUGGGUAUACCGAAAUCGGACAGACGUCAACAAUCUUUAAUACUAUUCAGUGUCACAACCCUCUCGGUACCCUGGUCGUGUGUGUGGAGAACCCAUAGCUGCGCUUCAUAAACCUGUCUUGAGAACGUG